AUGAGGCUGAGAGGGGCAGGAGGGGGGAAGAUGUCCAGGACCAGUCGAGGGAGGCACAGUGGUGCAGAUUCGAGCGACAGGUCAUCCAACCCUACAUUACUGGCCUGGAGACAGAGUUGAAAAGGAGGUUCCAGGAGCUGGACAUCCUAGGAGCCUUCCAUGUCCUUAGACCUCAGUCGGCUGCCCUCCCUGACAAUAUGUCCAUUGCGGAGCUGCAGACUCUGGCAAAACAAUUCUGUCCAGACCAAGAGAAGGUGCUCCUCCAAGAGUGGUUUUCGUUCAAAAACCAUCUCAUUACAGGGUCAUUACAGAACAAGAGCCAGGAGGAGCUCCUGACUCUGCUGGCGAGUGAGUACGAUGAGUGGUUAGACCUCUACCCCUGCAUCAGUCUCCUUGCCAGCAUUGCCCUGAUUGUCCCAGUCUCUUCUGUGAAUUGCGAGCGGGAUUUCUCCGCUAUUAAUAGGGUAAGUACAUAGAAAUUCACUUCCUUAUAGUGGGGUCGUAUAAGGCUCAGUCAUUUCAAAUUCGUGUUAAAGUUUGGUUUUCACUUCCAAGUUGAAGUUUAGGGUCUACAGAAAAAUUUGAGUCCGAGUGUCAAACACACAGAUGAAAAAUGGCCUCUAGGGGGCGCUGCAAAAUAUGUAAACUGCUACAACUUUUGAUUAGAUUAUCCAAUUUUAACAUAUGAGGUAUGUAUGGAUUCAGAAUUAAAAGGAGAAACAGGUAUACCAAGCAUUUGGUGACCAGAUAAAAAUAAAUACACUUUUAUCCCAUAAUUUUACAUGGACACAAGCAAAAUUAUGCUUUUUUUGGAGAUAAAGUCUGGAAAUGUCCUCAAAGUUGCUAUGAAACAUGAUUUUUAAAGUUAUUGUAAAUAAAGGCUGUGUAAUGACUCGACUGGAUUUAAGAUUGGUGUUCAGAAUAUCCCUAUAGCACAAACAUAGCUAGGAUACCCGUACACAAAUAUGGCUGCAUAUAGCCUACUUGAUAUGAAGCACCCAACUUGCAGGCCUUUUGUUAUUGUUGCACUUUUUAUUUAUUUUGCUGCUUUCAUCCAUGAAAAAUAAGGUUAUAGUAGAGUUAUGCCAUCUACUGCCACAAGAGGGCAGACUAGCAGACACAUUUCCCUUCAUUUGACAAUCAAGCAUCUGUGCUAAUUUCUCUCUGGCAAUAUUGGAAUGUUGAAGGUAAGAAAACAGCAAUGAACUUGUUUGGAUGCUAAGUUAUGUUUUUAAUGAACUUGUACGACAAAUAAUGUGUGAUAAAUUGUGAAAUAUCAACCACAGCUAGUAGCUAAUAAAUCCAAACAGUAGCUAGCAUUAACAUUAGUCAUUUUGCUAGCACCAGUUAAAGCUAACUUUAAUGCUGGCAGCAGGAUGGAAUGAAUAGGUCUACUGGGUCUUGCACUUGUGUACAUUUUAGGUUUUUAGCUGUUUAUUUUACAUAACAUACUUUAGUUUGAUUUGGUUACAAAAAGGUAAAUACAAAACUAUUAUAUUUUAUCUUUCCUGUUGACAAAAUACAGGAGUUCAACAAGCAUGGUAUGGGCUGCUUGAAUUCUGUUUUUAUGAGAUGGCUGAGGCAAGAAAAUGGGAAUUGUGCAUUUUGUGCCAAAAAGAUACUGAGGAACAACUUGUUUGCCCUCUUGCGAAUCCAGUUGCAAGUCGUAGAGUGGGAGCCUACAAAGUAAUCAUCAACCUUGUGAGUCAGUUUAGAGCUAUUGGUGCGGCUCCCCACCCAGAUGUAGAUCUUCCAGAUGAAGAAUUGAUGCAGCAGAAUCGUGCAUCCUGGCACAAAUCAUGUCGUCAGCUUUACAGAUCCUCAGCAUUUGAACACGCAAAAAAACGCACUGCCCGUGAGGGAUUGCCUGGUGUAAAUAGAAGAUCUUGUCGGACUGGAGAACCUGUUAACCGCAAUCUAUGUCUCUUCUGUGCUAAAGAAACAGAUGCAGUAGACCAUUCUUUCCAGAAAUUAUCACUUACCCAAGAGAUACAUGACAAGGCAGUUGAACUAGGAGAAGAUCGUAUUCUGGCACUCCUUGCAGAAGGAGAUCUGGUUGCUAUUGAAGCAAAGUAUCAUCUGAAAUGCUACACAAUGUUUAACUGCCGUUACAAUGUGAUUUGUAAACAAACCACAGUGAGUGAAAACCUUGAAAUCACAGCAGAAAAUGAAUUGCUACAAUUCAUAAAAGAAGAAAUUAGCGGGGGUAGUAGAGUCUUUGCUUUGCAAGAUCUAACAGAGAUGAUGACUGAGAGACUGGAACAAUAUGGUAUCCAGAAAAUCGUGAACCGGACACGCCUAAAGGAAACAGUCCUCAAGAACUUCCCUGAUUUGACAGAGGAGAAAGGUAUCAGGGACAGAGUUUUCAUUAUGUGUUCGAAAACUGCUAGGAAGAUCAUAUCAGACACAUCACAAACACCAGAUGAAGAAGCGCACACAUUUCUAAUGGCAGCUUCAAUCCUCAGAAAAGCAGUUUUUAAUCAUGAAACUCCAUUUAAAUUUGAUGGCUCAUUUUCCAGUGGUUGUGAAGAGACGUCUGUUCCCCAGAAAAUGAAGUAUUUCUUCCGCCAUCUCCUCACAGGACCCAAAUCCUCAACAGAUCAAGAUAAUUCCAGACAGACUCUGUCUGUGAGUCAGGUGGCCAUGCUAAAUAUGACCUCUCUUUCAACAAACUUGAAAUGUGAGCCUCCACUUGCAGUGUUCCUUGCCCUUGAUUUGCAUUCGGAAACAAGAAGCAAGAAGUUAGUCAAUCUGCUACACAAAUAUAAACUCACAGUAUCAUAUGAGAAGGUCCUCAGCAUGGAAGUUUGCUUUGCACAGGCCAUUGCACAACAGACCAGGAAGAAUGCAGAUAUAGUCUGUCCUACAAAUUUGCGUCGGCAAAUUUUCACAGUUGCAGCCCUUGAUAACUUGGAUCAUAAUCCCACAUCACUCACUGCAAGCUCAACCUUCCAUGGAACUGGGAUUUCACUAUUUCAGUUUCCUACAUCAGAGAAGCCUGGGUUGCACCAAGAAUGUCUGAAAAUCAACUCAAAUAAAUCAUGAGAAAGCAGCAUAGUAGGACCCAUCCUGCCUCAUUCGUAUACUUCUGUACCACCUGUGGGCCGGAAUCUUGUUACCCAACCUCCAGUUAAAGUUGUGCAGCCAGUGGUGAGAGGUUCAUUUGAUGCAGAGAGACAGCAUGAGGAGGCAUGGAUGAAGGCAGUAAAUGACAUCCUCUAUGUCAAUUCUGAUUCAGAAAGUGGCACUCCAACAAUGUGGUCUUCAUUCCAUGCUGCUCGAUCUGAUGUUGUUGGACAGCCGGAAAAAAGCAUUGAGGCCCUCCUGCCACUUUUGCAUGACAAAGCAGCAACCCCAGAAAUGAUUCACCAUGGAAUGAACCUGGUGAAGAAAAACACUGAGCACCUCAACCCACAACAAGUCCCUUUGAUGGUAGUGGACCAACCCCUGUAUGACCUUGCAAAAAAAAUGCAGUGGACCUUCCCUGACAUCUUCGGAGAAGACAAGUUUGUGGUGAUGUUAGGUGGGCUCCACAUUGAAAUGGCUUUGUGGAGUACCAUGGGAGAUCUUCUGCGUGGAUCAGGAUGGCCUGAAGCCCUGAAAGAAGCUGGACUAGUGAAUUAAAUGGCAGCAGCCACAUCAUUUCUGAAGGCAUCCAAUGUAAUGAGAACAAGAUAUGCCCAUCAAGUUACUGUUGUGGUACUCCACAGCCUUCUACAGCAAGCCUAUGAGGACAGCGGAACUGAGAUGGUCCUUGAGGACUGUGUUGAGAGAGUUGCCCAUGAGAGCCCAACAUUCUCCUUCUGGCUGCUUGUGUACAAGUACCAACAGAGUAUCUUCAUGUUCAUACGAGCACAUUGUGAACGGAAGAUCGAACUCAUGGUCACAACCCUGCAGAAGCUUGUUCCUCUGUUCUUUGCUCUCGACCAUCAUAACUAUGCCCGGUGGCUUCCAGUCUUUAUAAAGGACAUGGACUGUCUCCCAGAGUUCGAAAAGGGACAUUGGACGGUAACUCGCAGCAAUCGACGCUUUUCAGCUAUGCCGAUUGACCAAGCACACGAGCAAGCCAACAAAAGGGUGAAAGGAGUGGGUGGCAUAAUUGGCCUCACAGAGAACCCGGACAUGUUGGAACGCUGGAUUGUGACAGGCCCGGAAAUCAGCCGUGUCCUGGAAGAGUUUACCACUGUAAAUGACAGUGAUGACUCCGAAUGGCGUCCUCAUCACGAGGAAGGAUCAGCAUCACAGCAGCGUUUUCAACGUCACACCAAAGACCUGAUGGAGCUGUUGCUCAGCAAUGGGAAUCCCUUUGAGGAGAGCAGUAAAGACCUGGUUACUUUAGAUAACAAGGUGUGCGAGUCUGCAGCCGCUGCAGCAUCGGUCCUUAAAGUUGAGUCAAUGGGACAAGAGCAGUACAACAACUUCAAAAAGAAUGUGCUGGACUCACAUGACACACCACUGACAGCUCCGAUCAAGCGAAACAACUUGAUGUUGUUCCAUGAGAAGAAAACACGCAAGAAGACAGCAGCUAAACUGAGGAUGCAGCACUUCAAACGUCAUGCAGAGCUUUAUGUGAAACCUUUCAUUGUGCUGGAAAGCCGGAGUGGGAAUUUGGACGAUUUUUUCUGCCACGAGUCUUCUCCAUACCCACCUGCAUUGUCAUGCGAAGGAUCCCUCAACUCCUGUACGAAAUCAGAUUUGUUGUUUUACAUCCUGGGGAAUCCUAAGAGUGGAGGAAUAUCUGACAGUGAGGAGAUAGUUGCACCAGAUCUUUAUGAUUUCAUUGUCAUUGAUGGUGGAGCACUUAUCCAUUCACUGCCUGGCACUACUGUCCAAGGGAAGACCUUUGAGUCCUACUUCGACAAGGUGUUCUGCCCAAGAGAUCAACGUGACCUGAAAAGAUCAACACGAGUGGACAUCGUCUGAGACCAGUAUCGUGCUUUGACAAUCAAAGGAGGAACAAGAGAAAAGCGAGGAUCAGACACCCGACAACGCAUCUCUGGCACUGCCAAAGUCCCAAGAGAUUGGCAGGCAUUUCUGGCAAAUGAGGAUAAUAAGACAGAACUGUUUUCAUUCCUGUCAACUGCGCUUGUAACAAAUGGACAGU